AUGUAUUGUAAAAAAAAAAAGCACGCAUCUGUCUACAUGUUAAUGCUGGCUAUAUGAAAGAGGAAGAUGUACCUACUACAUAUUAGAACGGAUAUCCUUACUUUGAACUAAUGUUCCUGACAAAACAGGAAAAACGCUAUAUUUUUCUGAUCAAUUUAAUGAGGAACUGAACAUAGAUGGCUGGAAUUUCGGGAAAAAAAACUGAAGCUGUGAAAAGGACAAAUGGAUUCGGUAACCUUCGUUUUAGUGACAUGUUUCUUCAUUCUGGCCACUUAUUUCGGAGAUUGCGAUUCAACAUGUUCAGUCUUAUGUAAGGACUGUGAUUUAUCUACCAAUGAAUGUGUCACGUGUGUAGGGGGAUGGUAUGGUGACCAAUGCACAGACGAAUGUAGCAGCAAAUGUCUCUUGUUAACCGUCAGUGGUGAAGGCGCCCGGUAUUGUGACAGAAAGACAGGUAGAUGUUCCGAAUGCGAGGCAGGAAAGUAUGGAGAAAUUUGCGAAUUGGAUUGUGGCAGAGGGUGUAUAUACGGGAGUAAAGGGGGGCAAUCGGGGAGGCAUUGCGACCGAGAAUCAGGCGUGUGUUCGUUUGGAUGUGAUGUGAAAAGCGGAUAUUAUAGUGAUCAGUGUGAUAAAAAAUGUAGCAUCGGAUGUGAGGAAGAUUUUUUGGCAGGGGUACGACCUUGUAACCCAGACAACGGCAUCUGCUCCCUUGGCUGUGAACCAGGAUGGAUUGGCAAAACCUGCGAAGAAGAAUGUGGAAUUAACUGUGUAACUAAAUUUGAUUAUUAUUAUCGAAAAGACAUUCGGCAUUGCAAUAAUAUUACUAGGGCUUGUGAAAAUGGAUGCGAGAUGGGAUGGUUUGGAAGUAAUUGCUACUGUGAUAGUGAAGAUUAUCAGUGUGAUGAAACUGGCUGUAGUAGUGAAAGCAAGAAAUGUAACAAGUGUUUGAAGGGAUACCACGGUGAAAAUUGUCUUGAUAAAUGCCCAAGCAACUGUGAUAAAGAAGGAUGUAACAGGCAAAGUGGGAUGUGUAUCCAUUGUGCGGACAAUAUGUUUGGAGAGACAUGUUCAUGCAAAGGAUACUGCAUGACAUCUGGGAGUGGGGACGAUGGGUGUGACGAAAGUGGUGUUUGCAGCACGUGUCAAGAAGGAUUUUAUGGUCAGUUAUGCACUCUAAAUUGUUCCACAAAUUGUAUGGGAGGACGGUGCGAUAGGAAAAGUGGAACCUGCGAUAGUUGUAGACCUGGAUAUUACGGACAACAAUGUGACAAGAACUGUUCAGACACUUGUGAUGCAAGCGGUUGCGAUAAAGUCAGUGGAUCUUGUUAUGUGUGUUUAUCAGGAUAUUUUGGUUCUCUUUGUGAAAACACGUGCCCCAAAAACUGUUUGUCUCAAAAUUGCUCCAAAGAAACAGGGGAUUGCUUUGAAUGUUUGAGUGAUUGGACAGGGAAUCGUUGUCAAUGCAGAGGGCAAUGUCUGGAAGAGAACCAGUGUGAUGUCAAUGGUAUUUGUGUUAACUGUACUGACGGAAAAUAUGGAGAAUCCUGUAAUAUAGACUGUCCAGAGAAUUGCAAAGGUGGGUGUGUAAGAAGUACAGGGAAAUGCAAUAAAUGCCAGAAUGGCUGGUAUGGACAGAAAUGUUACUGCACUGGCGUGUGCGGGGAAGGCGAAUGUGAAGUUUCAACAGGUCUUUGUUACGAAUGUCGAAAUGGUUAUUAUGGAUCAAAGUGUACAGAGAGAUGCCCUAAAAACUGUGAUGCCUCUGGAUGUAAUCGAUAUGACAGUUCAUGUAACAGUUGCAAGGCAGGAUGGUAUGUGGAAAGAAAGCAAUGUUCCUGCAGUGGUCACUGUAACGACCAUGGUUGUUACACGGAUUCUGGAGUUUGCAUAAACUGUGAUCGGGGAUGGUAUGGUUCAGAAUGUACCAAUUCUUGUCCAAGUAACUGUUUGAAUAGUACCUGCAACAAAGAAACGGGAUUUUGUAUUGAUUGUUUUCCUGGUUUUUAUGGGAUGUCUUGUAAUAAAUCUUGUCCCCCAAAUUGCAAAGAUAAGAAAUGUAACAUCAAAACAGGAGACUGUUUAGAGUGCAUACCCGAACGUUCAGGAAAGACAUGCUCCUGUGUUGGGUAUUGUUAUGAAGGAAAUUGUUCAAGCAUUGGAAGAUGUACAGCUUGUAAGAUUGGGUAUUAUGGAGAAGAUUGUUCAUCUGGUUGCCCACCAAGCUGUCCCGAAUCAUGCGAUAGAACAAGUGGUAUCUGCCAAUCUUGUCCCAAGGGCCUUCAUGGAGCUCUCUGUAAUAGAAGAUGCUCGAGAUUCUGUAGUGGUGGCGAAUGUGAAAAAAUUACAGGUAAAUGUUCAAAGUGUGUCGAUGGGAAAUAUGGAGAUGAGUGUUACUGCAUCGGCCACUGUGGAGAGACGGAAUGUAAUUACAAUACCGGACUCUGUUACGAAUGUGCAGCAGGAUAUUUUGGAGAAAUCUGUACAAAGCAAUGUCCAGUUAACUGCAAUUACUUAGGAUGCGACCGUGAGUCUGGAGAUUGUAUCCAGUGUAAGAAUGAGUGGUUUGGAUCAAAAUGCUCGUGCACAGGUCAAUGUGGAGAAAGAGGUUGCGAUAAUUCAGGAAGAUGUUUUGAGUGCCAACAAGAAAUGUAUGGGGAACGAUGUAACAAGGUGUGCCCUAGCCAUUGUGCUGAGAUUUCAUGCGGUAGACAAAACGGUCAUUGUGCUUCUUGUGAAUCAGGUUGGUCGGGGCCCACGUGUGAAUGCAUUGGACACUGUAAUAAUGAUACAUGUAGAUCUGAUAAAAAAUGUGAGACCUGUAAGACAGGGUGGUUUUCUCGUGACUGCAGGUCUCCUUGCCCCGUGAACUGUAAUUCUAAAGGGUGUGUGAGGGAGACAGGAUUAUGUAAUGAAUGUAAAGUUGGAUUCUUUGGAAGCAGAUGUAAAUGCACUGGCCAUUGUGGCUCUUCAGGAUGCGACAGUAAAGGACGUUGUUUAGCAUGUGAUAGUGGUUUUUCUGGAGAUCUUUGCUUAAAACUUUGUCCAAAGCAUUGUGCUGGAUCUAAAUGUUCACGAGAUGGCCUUUGCAGUGCUUGUGAAGCUGGGUGGUUUGGGCAAAAUUGUGAAUGUUUUGGACAUUGUAUGAAUAAUCUAUGUGACGACAAAGGCAGGUGCAAUAGUUGUGAGAUUGACUGGCACGGUUCAAACUGCAAUAUAAGUUGUCCAAUGCAUUGUGCGAAUAGCUGCAACCGUGACACUGGAAAAUGUAAUAAAUGCAAACCAAAGUGGUAUGGCGAAACGUGCUCAUGUUCUGGACAUUGUGGAGAGAUUGGAUGUAAUUCCACUGGCACCUGUUUUAAUUGUAAAUCUGGAUUUUAUGGAAGUAAUUGUUUACAAAAAUGUCCAUUGAAUUGUAAUAACAUGGGAUGUAACAGAACAACUGGAUAUUGCAAAAGAUGUCUAGAAGGAUAUUUUGGAAAUGAAUGUCGUUGUAGCGGGAAAUGCGAUUCUGGAGGCUGCAGCAUUAAUGGAACAUGUUAUGCAUGUGCCUCUGGUUUUUCUGGUGCAAACUGUUUGGAACCAUGCCCAUCAAAUUGCAAGGAAAGCUUUUGCUUGAGAAAUGUUUCUUGUAUCUCCUGUAAAGAGAAUUGGUUUGGAAAUAAAUGUCUCUGCACUGGCAAUUGUCAUGAUAGUAAAUGUGAUGCUAACGGUGUUUGUGAGAACUGUGCAGUUGGUUGGCAUGGUGCGAAUUGUCGAAAUACCUGUCCCAAAAAUUGUGUAGAUAGGUGUCAUCGAGAAAAUGGGAAUUGUCUGAACUGUACAUUAGGCUGGUUUGGUGAUAAGUGCCAUCAAGCCUGUCCUAAAAACUGUGCAAACGGGUGUCAUCGCGAAAAUGGAACAUGUUUAGUCUGUAAGACAGGCUGGUUUGGUGAUACAUGUGCGUGUAUAGGAUAUUGCGAUGCUAAAGGCUGUCUAGAAAAUGGAAUUUGUCGAGAUUGUGCUCUUGGUCUUUAUGGUAAAAAGUGCUUAAAUAAUUGUUCAGAAAAUUGCAUUGACAGAAAUUGCGAAAGAAACAGUGGAGACUGCUUUGAAUGCAAGAAGGACUGGUAUGGUGAUAAAUGUGAAUGCAAAGGAUAUUGUGGAAAAACUGGUUGCGACAAUACUGGUAAAUGUAUAGAGUGUGCUAACGGAUUAUUUGGAGAACACUGCAACAAAAACUGUUCUUUCUCGUCUUGUGCCAUUUGUGACAGAAUCAGUGGUGUCUGCCAAGUUUGUGUUCCAGGGCGAUACGGUAAAAAUUGCCAGAAACCAUGUCGUAAAAACUGCGAAAGUUCCAAAUGCAAAAAAACAAAUGGACUCUGUGUAAACUGCAUUCCAGGAAAAUUUGGAGAAUUGUGUGAAAGAAACUGUAGCUUAAACUGCCAUGAUGCUUUCUCCUGCCGUCGAAGUGAUGGUCAUUGCCACAAUGGGUGUAAACUAGGCUAUGAACCACCGAUUUGUUCCUCCGCUUUAACCCAGACGAGAAUGCAGACGAUGGUUAUAAUUAUUGUUUCCGUGAUUGGGUUUAUAACAUUGAUUGUUAUACUUGCCAUUUGUUCCUGUUACGUUCGCAAAAAGAAAGAAAACAGCAAAGAGAUAAUUAUCAAGAUGUCGAGGACCAAUGCCCCAUUGUCUACAAAUCCACUUCUUGGAAACAAAGCAGUGAUCAAAAAACCUGAACAGAUGCAAUUUUCGAACGGCACAUAUAAUGUUACCCAACCGCUGAAUAUAACAGAUCGUUAUGUUUUAGAAGACUAGUCUACAUGGUAUUUUACAUCUGUAUUAUGAAGUCCCGCUUCUGAUCUUGCUGAUUCAUUGAAUAAUACUCACAGAUAGUACUUGAACUCUUCACACGAGUGUACUUACAGAUUACUGUAAUGUGUUCAAACUUAAGUAGGUCUCAGAUACUACAAAAGUAAAGUGUGUCAUUUGACAAUCUGCUCAUCAAACUUUAAGAUGAUGAUUGUGUUCAUUUCUGAGUGCCAUGGUGCUGAUAAUGAAAAACUACUUCAGACACUUCCAGUUUUUUAAUCUUUAGAUCCUUCGUUACUUUUUUUUUGUUAUUGAAUCAUUACAGUCAUUUUAUCAUGUAAGAAUCUACUGAGUACUUAUCAUAGAUUAGUAUCUCUUUCCAGAUUUUAAAAAUAUGUGUGAAUCCAAAACAAGAGAGAGAGAAAGAGAAGAGAGAGAGAGAUUUAUUUUAUUUUUUUUUUUUACAUCCCAUGGUAAUGUCUUUACUGUGACAAAAUAUAUUUUUUCCGAAGUAGCUUUGUAUGUUUGCGGAAAUUCUAAAUCAAUAUAUUUGGUACAAAACAUUCGUACAUUAAGCUAAUUAGUCAUCCACGUUUUAAUUUGUAAGCUUAGGGCUUUAGAAUUCUGUAUCCCAAAAGAAAUCUUGAUCCAACAUUGUUUUGUAAAUUUAAGUUUUAUUAUAUUCUUUGAAAUAAAUUAUUGACAACAAAAUAAUAAAUUUCCUACAGAAGUUAUAAACAUUUUUUGCACGUUUCAUUGUACAGGUACAUUGUAAUAGUAUUUUAUGAUUUGUAUGUUUGUUGAAACUGUUACUUGUAUAAAAAAAACAUCUUGAGGCUAAACGAUCGAAGUACAAUGCAUGUAAAAAAAAUUUACAACACAGUAUUUAUUUAUUCAUAUAUUGUAUUAAAUUUACUUUGUUAUUUGCUUUGUGAUAUGUUAUUUUGUCCUAUGUAUGAAUACUCCUUUUUAGAUAAAUUUUGUAUAAUGAAAAGAUCAGUCGUUCAGAUCCAGAAAAUGCUUCAAAAUCACUAUUCAUAACGUGUGAAUUUGUCAAACCUGCAUUUGUGAAUUGUAAACAAGAGAGAGGGAGAGAGAAUACAUGUAGUUCUACAAUGGAAGCAGACAAGGGGAAAAAACAAAAGAUCAUGACAUGGUGUUAAACAUAAUCACAUUAACAUAUUGAUUUUGAUUUGGAGACAAUAAACAAACAUGAAUAAUUAGGUAAA